AUGAAUUUUUGCAUUUCUUUAGGUCCACAAGGCAGUUACAACUUCCAAUCCCUUAACUGUAGACCUGACUGCAGAGAUUCCUCUUUGGUUAAAGAAUAUGUCAGUCCAGCCUGAGCCAUCAGAGGAUCCCGGUACUACGCCUAGUACUCAGCAAGUAAACAGGCCUGGGAAAAUCCAGAUUGCUACCCCUCUGCCAGUGGCUCCCUCCUACAGUUAUGCUACCCCCACCCCCCAGGCCUCUUUGCAGAGCACCUCAGCACCAUACCCAGUUAUAAAGGAACUGGUGGUAUCUGCUGGAGAUAGUGUCCAGAUGACCCUGCCUAAGAAUGAAGUUCAAUUAAAUGCAUAUGUUCUCCCAGAACCACUUGAAGGAGAAACCUACACCUAUGAGUGGCAGCUGAUUACUCAUCCUAAAGACUACAGUGGAGAAGUGGAAGGGAAACAUUCCCAGAUCCUCAAACUAUCCAAGCUCACUCCAGGCCUGUAUGAAUUCAAAGUGAUUGUAGAUGGUCAAAAUGCCCAUGGGGAAGGCUAUGUGAACGUGACGGUAAAACCAGAGCCCCGUAAGAAUCGGCCUCCUGUUGCCAUUGUGUCACCACAGUUCCAGGAGAUCUCUCUGCCAACCACUUCUACAGUCAUUGAUGGCAGCCAAAGCACUGAUGAUGAUAAAAUCGUCCAGUACCAUUGGGAAGAACUUAAGGGGCCUCUGAGAGAAGAGAAGAUUUCUGAAGAUACGGCCAUAUUAAAACUAAGUAAGCUCGUCCCUGGGAACUACACUUUCAGCUUGACUGUCGUAGACUCGGAUGGAGCCACCAACUCCACCACUGCAAGCCUGACAGUGAACAAAGCCGUGGAUUACCCCCCCGUGGCCAAUGCAGGCCCCAACCAAGUGAUCACCCUGCCCCAAAACUCCAUCACCCUCUUUGGGAACCAGAGCACUGAUGACCAUGGCAUCACCAGCUAUGAGUGGUCACUCAGCCCGCGCAGCAAAGGGAAAGUGGUGGAGAUGCAGGGUGUUAGAACACCAACCCUGCAGCUCUCUGCCAUGCAAGCCGGAGACUACACCUACGAGCUCAAAGUGACUGACACAAUAGGACAAGAGGCCACCGCUCAAGUGACUGUUAUUGUGCAGCCUGAAAACAACAAGCCUCCUCAGGCAGAUGCAGGUCCAGAUAAAGAGCUGACCCUUCCCGUGGACAGCACAACCCUGGAUGGCAGCAGAAGCUCAGAUGAUCAGAAGAUUACCUCAUAUCUCUGGGAAAAAACAAAGGGACCUGAUGGGGUACAGCUUGAGAAUGCUAACAGCAGUCUUGCCACUGUGACGGGACUGCAAGUGGGAACCUAUGUGUUCACCUUGACUGUCAAAGAUGAGAGGAACCUGCAAAGCCAGAGCUCUGUGAAUGUCAUUGUCAAAGAAGAAAUGAACAAACCACCUACAGCCAAGAUAACUGGGAAUGUGGUGAUUACCUUGCCCAUGGACACAGCAGCGCUGGAUGGCUCCAAGUCCUCAGAUGACAAGGGAAUAGUCAGCUACCUCUGGACUCGAGAUGAUGGGAGCCCAGCAGCAGGGGAGGUGUUAAAUCACUCUGACCACCACCCUAUCCUCUUUCUUUCCAACCUGGUCGAGGGAACUUACACAUUUCACCUGAAAGUGACUGAUGCGAAGGGUGAGAGUAACACAGACCGGACCACUGUGGAGGUGAAACCUGAUCCCAGGAAAAACAACCUGGUGGAGAUCAUCUUGGAUGUCAACGUCAGUCAGCUAACUGAGAGGCAGAAGGGGAUGUUCAUCCGCCAGAUUGGGGUCCUCCUGGGGGUGCUGGAUUCCGACAUCAUUGUGCAAAAGAUUCAGCCGUACACGGAGCAGAGCACCAAGAUGGUAUUUUUUGUUCAAAAUGAGCCUCCCCACCAGAUCUUCAAAGGCCAUGAGGUGGCAGCGAUGCUCAAGAGCGAGUUGCGGAGGCAAAAUGCAGACUUUCUGAUAUUCAGAGCCCUGGAAAUCAACACUGUCACGUGCCAGUUGAACUGUUCUGACCAUGGCCAUUGUGAUUCAUUCACCAAACGCUGUAUCUGUGACCCUUUUUGGAUGGAGAAUUUCAUCAAGGUGCAGCUGAGGGAUGGAGACAGCAACUGUGAGUGGAGCGUGUUAUAUGUCAUCAUUGCUUCCUUUGUCAUUGUUGUUGCCUUGGGAAUCCUGUCCUGGACUGUGAUCUGUUGUUGUAAGAGGCAAAAAGGAAAACCCAAGAGGAAAAGCAAGUACAAGAUCCUGGAUGCCACAGAUCAGGAGAGUCUGGAUCUGAAGCCAACCUCCCGAACAGGCAUCAAACAUAAAGGGCCAAUGCUGAGCAGCAGCCUGAUGCACUCCGAGUCGGAGCUGGACAGCGAUGACGCCAUCUUCACGUGGCCAGACCGAGAGAAGGGCAAACUCCUGCACGGUCAGAAUGGCUCCGUGCCCAACGGGCAGACCUCGCUUAAGGCCAGGAGCUCACGGGAAGAGAUCUUGUAGCCACCUGGUCUGUCUCCUCAGGGUGGGGGUUGGCGGUGCUGGAGUCCAGAGCAUUGCCAGGCUGGUUCUCAUACCUCCCAUGUCUGUGGGCAGCUGUUCUCCCAGCAUCUGCUGGUCAUUCCACCCUAACACUCCCAACCAGAGCUGCUCAUACUUGAAUCCAGAGACAUUCUCCGGGAACCCCUGAACGAAGCUGUGAACGAAGGUUUCCUCUUUACACCAGUCUGGUAGGCCCCCCAGAAUAUCCUCACCUCAGGGCCUCCUUUUUCGCAAACCCCUCCCCAGCUCUGAGAGCAGACACAGCCAGCUCCUGGCCUCCUCUCCAGCUCCCUCUUGGCAGUGUUGCUGCUCCCAGGGCGCCUGCACAGUGAGGCCUGGCUGUGUCCCCCACACCUGGGUGCAGAACCAAGCACCACCAGCCUCCUGCUCCAAGAGCCUGCCUGCAGCCAUGUUCUCUGUUCUCUCCUUUGGGAUGGAGUGUGCCCUCUCGCUGGGUCCAGUGGAAGUAGCGCUCCUUCUCCUCACCACUGAUGCUGGGCUGGUGGAGCAGAAAUGGUGUCUGGCUCAAGAUUAGGGGAGGACUGGCUGUUUCAGGAAUGGAGAGGGGUCCCUCUGGCUGCUGGGCGGUUGUGUUUAGAGCAGCUAGGCUGGACACAGCCUGCCUCCCUCCUCCUCCUGACCAGCCCUGGCUGCCUCAGGGCUCAGGCCACCGCCCCCUGUGCCCAGAAGAGACAGCCACAGACAGACUGGAACGUUGUGGCAUGAGAGUGCAUGUGUGCAACUACCCCCCUAUGGUCUCCUCUGUGUCCGUCUGUCCGUGUGUCUUCUGUGUCCCUUGCAUGUGUGUGUGUGUUAGAGGACGUGUAUGUGCAUCAGCUCCUCAGAGGGCUCUCGGCUACUCACAAGGGAACCUUGACCUGGAAAGACUUUCAGCUCCUUGGAACAGAGACUUCCUGAAUCCCUCUGGCCCUGUCAUGGGUUCCUCAGCCAUGGUAUCUGGGUGUUGAGGAAUGGGAGCUUUGGGGGACUGACUUUUUAAAGAGAAACUUACAGUUUAUACUACUGCACUACUGUCUGUUGUGAGAUGAUUAAACAUGCUAUUUAAUUGUA